AUGGAGCCUAUCAUUCUGCGCAGCUCAAUGUAUGCCUUACGAGAUGUGCCAGGGAAGGGCAAAGGCCUCGUCGCGAUCGAAAACAUCCCCAAAGGCACGCGAAUUCUUUCUGAGCAGCCAGUCAUCACGACGCCCGAACGCCAACGGGACGACGAGUGGCUAAAGACGCACAUAUCCCAGCAAGUCGAUUCCCUCAGUGAACACCAACGGCAAUCGUUCCUCUCCAUGCACAACCUCUAUCCAUACCAGAAUGUCGCCGAGCAAUCUCUCGGCAUCAUUCGAACGAACGGCCUCCCCAUCGAAGCCGACGGCAUCGGAGGCGGAGUCUUCCUUGAAGCCUGCCGCAUCAACCACUCCUGCGACAACAAUGCCCAGAAACACUGGAGCCAGUCCAUCAAGCGACACACUGUCCAUGCCUUGAGAGACAUUCCCAAGGGCGAGGAGAUCACAGUAUACUACCUGGGCCUCGAUAGCAGCCGCGCAGUCCGCCAGAAGAAACUCCAGGACAAGUUUGGAUUCCUAUGUUCCUGCCGCCUGUGCUCCUUACCAGCAGAACAGAGCGAGGAGAGUGAUAAGAGGUUGGAGAGAAUCGACCAGCUGGAUGAUCUCGUUGGCAGCGACGGCAUGCGGAUGAACUUCUCACUACGGACCCUUCGCUAUGUUGACGAACGCGUCCGUCUCUACAAUGAACAAGGACCAGGCGACGCUGGUCUGCCGCGCGCGUACCUCGAUGCCGCUCAAAUCGCUAUCGCCAACGGUGACUUGGCACGAGGACGCAUCUUUGCGGAGAGGGCGGUGGAAGGAUGGCGGACGACCCAUGGCAGCGACAGCAAAGAGGUGAUCGAGCACGGUCCCCUGGCACGAAACCCCGCUACACUCCCACUAUACGGACUUUCCAAGAAGUGGAAGACAUCAUCGGACGAAGUUCCGCAGGGACUCGACCCGAACGACUUCGAAGACUGGCUCUGGAGGAGAGACAAGCCAAAGAAGCUUGAACAAUCGGGACAGUUGGCAGAUCUUCGCAACUACGAGAGCUUUCCUGGCUUCGCUGCUCUCCCGAGUAGCAACGGUGUUGAUUUGGACUUCUAUGAGAAAGUCGAUGGGACCUUCCGACCGCGACGCCCCUGGUGCUUCCUGGGCGAAAUUGUCGACUCCAUCACGCUUCAUCAUCUAGAGUUGUCGCUCACGGAUGUCGACGGUAAGACAAUCCCGCUGCACUUCUACACUGAUAGCCGAGGCCGCGAAUUGGCGCCUGCGCAGAUUCAAAAGGGGUAUACGGUUGCGGUUCCGUAUGCACAACGUCGGGUAUUUUUGUAUGGAAAUCCUGGUAUCCGUCACGAAGAUCCCAAGAUGCUCAAGAUCUUCCCAACGUCACUGAAGAAGUUGCUGGCGUUGAACGACCAGGUCCAACAGUUUUCGACGAAGGUUGACGGACUCAGAACGUGCCAUGGGUGUGGCAAGAAGGCAGCCUCCUUGAACCGAUGCGGGAAGUGCUCGUUGUUCUGGUAUUGUGAUAGUGGCUGUCAGAGGACUGGUUGGAAUGAGAGGGGUCAUAAGGCUGAUUGCAAACUGCUGAAAGACCCUGAUUUGCAAGGGUUGUUUGUCCUCAAAUGGGACUAG